AUUGUAGUCGAGCCCAGAGUGCCCGUCUCUCCCCGAACGUUUCUGUUGACGUGGUAACGGUGUCUGUUGUACGGACACACGGGAGGAGAAGUCGCCGAAGUCUUGCUACUAAAAGCGCGCAGUCAUGCUGGACUUUGCCAUCUUUGCCGUUACGUUUGUCGUCAUUUUGGUGGGCGCCGUUUUGUAUUUGUACCCGUCAUCCAGAAGGGCCUCUGGCAUCCCGGGUCUCAAUCCAACAGAUGAGAAGGAUGGGAACCUGCAGGACAUCGUGGACAGAGGCAGCCUGCACGAGUUCCUCGUCAGCCUGCAUCGGGAGUUUGGGUCGGUGGCGUCGUUCUGGUUCGGCGGACGGCCGGUGGUCAGCCUGGGCUCCGUGCACCAGCUACGGCAACACAUCAACCCCAACCACACCACUGACUCCUUUGAGACGAUGCUGAAGUCGUUGCUGGGUUACCAGUCGGCAAUGGGAGGCGGGGCCGCCGAGACAGUAAUAAGGAAAAAGGUGUACGAGAAUGCCAUCAACAACACGCUGAAGAGCAACUUCCCGCUUGUGCUCAAGCUCGUGGAGGAGCUGGUUGGAAAGUGGAAGUCAUUCCCAGCGUCUCAGCACACCCCGCUGUGUGCCCACCUGCUGGGUCUGGCCAUGAAGACGGUCACCCAGCUGGCUCUGGGAGAGAGCUUCGGAGACGACGCCAAGGUCCUUUCCUUCCGCAAGAACCACGACGCGAUCUGGUCAGAGAUCGGAAAAGGCUACUUGGACGGCUCCCUGGAGAAGAGCUCGAGCAGAAAGGGGAAUUACGAGAAGGCGCUGUCGGAGAUGGAGUCCAUGCUGCUGUCAGUGGUGAAGGAAAGAAAAGCCCAGAAGAAGCAGACGGCGUUCGUAGACGCUCUGCUCCAGUCCAGCCUCACCGAACGGCAGGUCAUGGAGGACUGUAUGGUUUUCACCUUGGCCGGAUGCGUCAUCACUGCAAACUUGUGUAUCUGGGCGCUUCACUUCCUGUCCACCUCAGAGGACGUUCAGGACAAACUGUACAAAGAACUGGAUGAGGUUUUGGGUUCAGACCCAGUCUCCUUGGACAAAAUCCCUCAGCUCAGAUACUGCCAGCAGGUCCUCAACGAGACGGUGAGGACUGCCAAGCUGACCCCCGUCGCGGCUCGCCUCCAAGGAGUGGAGGGCAAAGUGGAUCAACACGUCAUCCCCAAAGAGACUUUGGUCAUCUACGCUUUGGGGGUGGUUCUGCAAGACUCUGACACCUGGAACACCCCAUACAGGUUCGACCCGGAUCGAUUCGAGGAGGAAUCGGUGGAGAAGAGCUUCUGUCUGCUCGGCUUCUCUGGAAAUCAAACGUGCCCAGAGCUCAGGUUCGCCUACACCGUGGCCACCGUGCUGCUCAGCGCGUUGGUGCGCCAGCUGAAGCUCCACCAGCUGAAGGGACACGUCGUGGAGGUCCGAUCUCAGCUGGUGUCCACGCCGAAGGACGAAACCUGGCUCACCGUCAGCAGAAGAAGAUAAUCUUUACAAAACACUGCGGGGAGAAGAGCUGACGAGUUGGAUUCCUGGAGAACAACUUAUCUCAGUUAAAGGAUUUACCGGCGUAUAGACUAUUUUAUUUCAGUGCCACAGAAUUCUUUUUUUUUCUUUCUGUUCUUUUUCAACAUUGUUAGUUGACACUACUUGGAAUUAAACUGGUAAUUUGAAAGAUUCUUAAAUGCAUUUUCUAUUCUUGGUAGAUAGAUUGUUCUGUACAGUCAUAGGUUGUCUGACAGGUGCUUUUUACAAACGGUAAUCUGAGGCCUUAAGCACGUUAGAUUUGCACUUCAUGGAAUCCGUAAAAGUGGAGCAACGCAGUGGUUAAACACUUCACGAUGUAGGGAAAAUGUUUUCUGUAAUACACAGUGCAGUUACCUUGAGUCAACAUAAACUGUGCGCUUGUUUAUUUAUAUGGCCAAUGUGGCAUUUAGACAUUUCAUCCACUUUUUAAACACUGUUGCAUAUUACGCAUAAUUAAAUAUGUUUAAAGAUU